CUCUAAGAGCAAGCAUUUCGUAUGCAACAGCACUAAGACCUUCGCUGUAGCUGCAACUUGCUCCAGCCACAGAAGAGUAAACCAAUCAGUGACCUAAGUCAUCCCUGAAGAUGUCAAUGAAUAAUUCACCAAAUGUAUUCUUGGAUCCAAAUGCAAAUCGGUUUCAAGUUAACAUAAUUAAUGAAAGCCAUGACAACAAUGAAACAGCCCAAGAGGAUGUGGGCUCUGACCCACCACAUUAUGAAGAAACAUCUUUUACUGAUGAAGCACAUAACAGACUGACAAUCAACUACAGACCAGGAAAAAGAGAAUUAUAUGACAAUUUCCUUCAAAAUGGGGAGAAAACAGAAGCUAGUUUGCAUCCCUAUGAUACUCACACAAAAAUGUAUUAUCUACAGACUUUUGGCCAUAACACAAUGGAUCCAGUUCCAAAAAUUGAUUAUUAUAGAAACACUGGCAGCGUCAGUGGGAAUAAGCUCAACAGACCAAGCUUAUUAGAAAUUCAUGAACAACUGGCAAAGAACAUAGCUGUGAGCACUGGCUCGGUCGAGAGAGUGGCUAAUGGAGAAAGCACGGCUGGAGACGAGACCGCGGUCAGCAAGGAAGAAGAGAAUAAAACAGGAUUUGUCAAGUUUGGAUGGGUGAAGGGUGUGCUGGUAAGAUGUAUGCUUAAUAUCUGGGGUGUGAUGCUUUUUAUUCGACUUUCGUGGAUUAUAGGUCAAGCAGGAAUAGGUCUUGGAGUAAUCAUAAUUCUUCUCGCCACGAUGGUAACUUCAAUUACUGGGUUGUCAACAUCUGCAAUAGCAACUAAUGGGUUUGUUCGUGGAGGUGGAGCAUACUAUCUUAUCUCAAGAAGUCUAGGCCCAGAGUUUGGUGGAUCUAUAGGACUUAUUUUCGCUUUUGCAAACGCAGUCGCAGUUGCUAUGUAUGUAGUUGGAUUUGCUGAAACAGUUGUAGAACUUCUCAAGGAGAGUGAUACACUGAUGGUCGAUGAGUCCAACGACAUCAGGAUAAUAGGCACAAUAACUGUUGUAUGUCUUCUUGGCAUCUCUGUUGCUGGCAUGGAAUGGGAAGCAAAGGCUCAAGUUAUUCUUCUAAUUGUCCUCCUUAUUGCCAUUGCAAACUUCUUUAUUGGGACAGUCAUUCCUACAAACACUGAAAAGAAGGCAAGAGGCUUUUUUAAUUACCAAGCCUCAAUAUUUGCAGAAAACUUUGGACCAGAUUUCAGAAGUGGGGAAGGAUUUUUCUCGGUGUUUGCCAUUUUCUUCCCAGCUGCCACUGGCAUUCUUGCAGGAGCCAACAUCUCAGGGGAUCUGAAAGAUCCCCAAAUUGCAAUACCCAAAGGAACAAUGCUGGCCAUUGUGAUCACAACCAUUGCUUACAUUGCUGUUGCUAUAUGUGCAGCCUCCUGUGUUGUACGAGAUGCUACUGGGAACAUCAAUGACACUGUUGUACCUGGAAUGAGCUGCAAUGGAUCUGCCUGCAGCUUAGGCUACGAUUUUUCCAGAUGUGGAAGUCAGCCAUGUGAUUAUGGGCUGAUGAAUAAUUUUCAGGUGAUGAGCAUGGUGUCUGCCUUUGGUCCUCUCAUCACAGCUGGCAUCUUUUCUGCUACUCUGUCAUCAGCUCUAGCAUCUCUUGUCAGCGCACCCAAAGUUUUCCAGGCUCUUUGCAAGGACAACGUCUACAAAGGCCUCGAGUUCUUUGCCAAAGGAUAUGGAAAAAACAAUGAGCCCAUCAGGGGAUAUGUUCUCACUUUCGUGAUUGCUAUGGCAUUCAUUUUGAUUGCUGAACUGAAUACCAUUGCUCCCAUCAUCUCUAAUUUCUUUCUGGCUUCAUAUGCUUUGAUCAAUUUCUCCUGCUUUCAUGCAUCAUAUGCAAAAUCUCCAGGUUGGAGACCUGCAUUCAGAUAUUAUAACAUGUGGGUGUCACUUUUUGGAGCCCUGUUGUGCUGUGGUGUCAUGUUUGUCAUCAACUGGUGGGCAGCUCUCAUCACUUAUGCCAUUGAGCUCUUUCUGUAUAUUUAUGUAACAUAUAAGAAACCAGAAGUAAAUUGGGGCUCUUCUACACAAGCUCUUUACUAUAUUAAUGCCUUAGACAGUGCUCUGGCAUUAACUACAGUGGAAGACCAUGUGAAAAACUUCAGACCCCAGUGCAUAGCAUUAACAGGAGCUCCUAUGGUCAGGCCUGCACUGCUGGACAUCACACAUACUUUCACAAAGAACAACGGGCUGUGCAUCUGUUGUGAAGUGUACACGGGCCCACGCAAGCUGUGUGUUAAGGAGAUGAACAGCGGCAUGGCAAAAAAGCAGGCCUGGCUCACAAAGAACAAAAGAAAAGCCUUUUAUGCAGCAGUGGCAGCUGAAAGCUUCAGAGAGGGAGUCAAAAGUCUACUUCAAGCCUCAGGCUUGGGUAGAAUGAAACCAAAUACCUUGGUGAUUGGAUUUAAGAAGGACUGGAGAAAUGCCCCUGCCACACAAGUUGAAAACUACGUGGGCAUUAUACAUGAUGCCUUUGAUUUUGAGCUCGGUAUGAUUAUAGUCAGAAUCAGCCAAGGAUUUGAUAUAUCUCAGGUCCUCCAGGUUCAAGAGGAAUUAGAGAAGCUGGAGCAAGAAAGAUUGGCACUAGAAGCUACCAUUAAAGAAAAUGAUUUUGAAGAAGGAAAAAGGGGCAUCUGUGGACUCUUCAGAAAAGCCACCACACUCAAUAUCUCAAAACAUGAAACAAAAAAGGAGAGCACCAUUAACACAAUGCAGUCAAUGCAUGUGGGUGAAUUCAAUCAGAAGCUGCUAGAAGCCAGCAGUCAAUUUAAAAAGAAGCAAGGGAAAGGAACAAUUGACAUUUGGUGGCUGUUCGAUGAUGGAGGUCUAACAAUCCUAAUUCCUUACAUUCUAACUAUCAGGAAGAAGUGGAAAAAUUGCAAAUUAAGGAUCUUUACUGGAGGUAAAGUCAAUAGGAUUGAAGAAGAAAAACUAGUGAUGGCUUCACUUCUAAGCAAAUUCAGAAUAAAAUUUGCUGAUAUUAAUAUCAUUUGUGAUAUCAAUAUAAAGCCCAACAAAGAGAGCUGGAAAUUCUUUGAAGAGAUGAUUGAACCCUAUCGGCUCCAUGAAAGCUGCAAAGAUAUAACAACUGCUGAGAAAUUAAAGCGAGAGACUCCAUGGAAAAUUACAGAUGCAGAGUUGGAAGCAUUCAAGGAGAAGAGUUACCGCCAAGUCCGUCUGAACGAACUCCUACAGGAGCACUCGAGGGCAGCUAACCUCAUUGUCCUGAGCCUCCCGGUGGCAAGGAAAGGCGUAGUGUCUGAUUACCUGUAUAUGGCUUGGCUAGAAAUUCUCUCCAAGAACCUUCCUCCAACCUUAAUGGUCAGGGGCAACCACAAAAAUGUACUGACUUUCUAUUCUUAGAAAAAAAACACCAGUGCCUAGAAUAUCCCUUACUUGAUUUCAACAUUUUUAAUGGCAGUGAUUUAUUGAAGACACACAUAAGUAAUACAAAUCUAAAACUUAAUUGACAGAAAAAGUCUUCGAAAUCCAAAACAACAGUGAAGAAUUAGACAAGAGAAAUGUAAGUAGCCCGUACUGAUGUUACACUCCAGUACAUCCAAAAGAAGGGAAACCUACCUAGGUCACAUGAAAAAGUAAAUAUUUUGAACACACAAGGAAGAAAUUCCACUAAUUUAAUCAGUUAUUGAAAAUGCUUUUGAUAUUUAUUCUAGA